AGAGCCUCCGCCCGGUUGUUCACCUAACGUGUCGGAGUUCUUUCACCACCGGAGGAGACGCGCGGUGGCAGCUAACGUCCCCUCGGACUGCGUGUGGUCACAUAGGAAGCUAGUGGUUUACCCGGGUUAACAACAGCGGGCUGUCCCGGUUCCUCCCGGGUUGUUAGUGACAAAAAGGAGACGUUGACGUGACUUUUACCGGAGAGGGGGGGGCAGGCUGCUCCGGGAGCACCGGGAGGAGGAGGAGGAAGGAGGCGGAGGUGUUUGGUGUGAAGUGACGCCUGGAGGAAGAGAAGAGGAGAGCAGGCACCUGGAGGAAGAGCAGGCACCGGGAGGAAGAGCAGAGCAGGCACCGGGAGGAAGAGCAGAGCAGGCACCGGGAGGAAGAGCAGAGCAGAGCAGGCACCGGGAGGAAGAGGAGAGCAGGCACCGGGAGUCGUGACGUCGCUCCGGAGUCAUAUUCGAGGUCCUUUCCGCUUGGUCUCCACAUCCCCCGCAACCUCCACACAUACACACGCACGCCCCACCCCGGCCAUGAUGAGGGGCACUGUCGGCUGUUACCCUGCCCGGACCGGGGUCUCCUGGUAGGGAUGGUGCCGCUGUGAAGAGCCGGUGCGCCGUGUGGUUCUCCGCGGAGGGAAGCGCCUGGACACCAUGACUGUUUUCAACCAGGAAAAUGUUGAGGAAUUUUACGAAAUCGGAGACGAGCUGGGCAGUGGCCAGUUUGCCGUGGUCAGAAGAUGUCGGCACAGGAACACGGGCGUGGAGUUCGCCGGCAAAUUCAUCAAGAAGCGACGCAGCAAAUCCAGUCGACGGGGGGUGACGAGGGAGGACAUCGAGCGGGAGGUGAACAUCCUGAAGGAGAUCCAGCACCCGAACAUCAUCACGCUGCACGAGGUCUUCGAGAACAAGGCGGAGGUCAUCCUCAUCCUGGAGCUCGUGGCGGGCGGUGAGCUGUUUGACUUUCUCGCAGAGAAGGAGUCGCUGAGCGAGGAGGAAGCCACUCAGUUCCUCAAGCAGAUCCUGGAAGGAGUCCUCUACCUGCACUCCAAGCAAAUCGCCCACUUUGACCUUAAGCCGGAGAACAUCAUGCUGCUGAACCGCUCGGUGCCUCACCCGCGCAUCAAGGUCAUCGACUUCGGUCUGGCCCACAAGAUCGACCUUGGCAAUGAUUUUAAAAACAUCUUUGGAACUCCAGAAUUUGUAGCACCAGAGGUAGUCAACUAUGAACCCCUGGGCCUGGAGGCAGACAUGUGGAGCGUUGGCGUGAUAACCUACAUCCUUUUGAGCGGAGCGUCUCCUUUCCUGGGCGACAACAAGCAGGAGACGCUGGCCAACGUGUCGGCCGUGGACUACGCCUUCGAGGAGGAGUUCUUCAGCAACACCAGCGCCCUGGCCAAAGACUUCAUAGCAAAGCUCCUCGUCAAAGAUCCCAAAAGGAGAAUGAGCAUUCAGGACAGUUUCCUGCACCCCUGGAUCAAGCCAAAAGAUACUCUGCAAGCACUGAGCAGGAAGGAGUCGGCCGUCAACAUGGAAAAGUUCAAGAAGUUCGCGGCUCGAAGAAAAUGGAAACAAUCCGUCCGACUCAUCUCCUUGUGCAACCGUCUGUCCCGCUCCUUCCUGUCCAGGAGCAACAUGAGUGUGGCGCGCAGUGAGGACACGCUGGAUGAGGAAGACUCCUUCGUGAUGAAGGCCAUCAUCCACGCCAUAAACGACGACAAUGUGCCGGGUCUGCAGCAUCUGCUCGGCUCGCUGAACAGUUAUGACAUCAACCAGCCCAACAAGCACGGGACCCCUCCCCUCCUGAUCGCCGCUGGCUGUGGCAACAUUCAGAUCAUCGAGGUGCUGAUGAGAAAAGGUGCAGAGAUCCAGGCCCAUGACAAGAGCGGAGCCAACGCCAUCUACUACGCAGCGAGACACGGCCACGUCGAGACCCUGAGAUUCCUUCAUGAAAAGAAAUGCCCUCUGGACGUCCAAGAUAAGUCUGGAGAGACGGCUCUUCAUGUGGCGGCUCGGUACGGCAACGUGGACGUGGUGAACUACCUGUGCAGCAUCCGGGCCAACCCGGACCUGUCUGACAGGGAGCAGGAGACCCCGCUGCACUGCGCUGCCUGGCACGGGUACUCCACAGUCGCCCGGGCGCUCUGCCAGUCGGGCUGCCAUGUGGACGCAAAGAACCGGGAGGGCGAGAGUCCGCUGCUCACGGCGUCCGCUCGGGGCUUCGCGGACAUCGUGGAGUGCCUGGUGGAGCACGGGGCCGAUCUACAAGCCACUGACAAGGACGGCCACACCGCCCUCCACCUGGCCGUCCGGAGGUGUCAGGUGGAGGUGGUCCGCCGCCUCCUCCGGCACCACUGCCCCCUGGACCAGCAGGAUCGCCAUGGCAACACGCCGCUGCACAUCGCCUGCAAGGACGGAAACCUGCCCGUCGUCAUGGCGAUCUGCAGCGCCAAGGCGAACCUCGACCUCGCCAACAAGUACGGCCGGACGCCGCUCCACCUGGCGGCGAACAACGGGGGCCUGGAGGUCGUCCGUCACCUCUGCCUGUCCGGAGCCAACAUCGACGCCGUCACCAACGAUGGAAAGACAGCGGAGGACUUGGCUUCUACCGAUCAACAUGAACACAUCAUUUCUUUGUUGGGGAAGCUGAAAAAGGACAACCACAAGCUGAGCUACAUCCAGCAGCUGCGGCCCACGCAGACCGUGCAGCCCAGGAUCAAGCUGAAGCUGUUCGGACACUCCGGAGCCGGGAAGAGCUCCCUGCUGGAGUCUCUGAAGUGUGGCAUCCUGCGCAGCUUCUUCAGGAGGAGGAGGACGACACGCAUGACCAACACAACCCGGCACCCCAACUCCCCCGUCAACUCCAAACCUGCCGUGUCGCUGAGUAUUUCCAACUUGUACCCGGGCUGUGAGAACGUGAGCGUGCGGAGCCGCAGCAUGAUGUUUGAGCCCAGUCUCACCAAAGGCGUCCUGGAGGUCUUCUCCCCCGUCACCAGCGCCCUGUCCACCGCUGACGACCAGGCCACGAAGGCCAUCGACAUCCAGCACGCCAACAUCCACGGUGUGGGGGAUUUCAGCGUGUGGGAGUUCUCGGGGAACCCGGUGUAUUACUGCUCCUACGACUACUUUGCCGCCAACGACGUCACGGCGAUCCACUUGGUCCUGUUCAGCCUGGAGGAGCCGUACGAGACUCAGCUGAGCCACAUCACCUACUGGCUGAACCUGCUGAAGGCGCUCACGCUGCCCCAGGACAACAUCGCCUUCGGGGGUCGGAUCCCACAGCCGCUCACGGUCGUCCUGGUGGCCACGCACGCCGACCUCGCCGACGUCCCCAGAGCGUUUUCUGGAGACUUCACCUACGACAAGGAGCGAGCGCUGCUGAAGGAAGUCCGGAACAGAUUUGGGAACGACAUGCAGUUCAGUGACAAGUUGUUUGUGAUGGAUUCUGGAGCCUCAAACUCCAGAGACAUAAAGCUGCUGAGGAGUCACUUACAGGAGCUGCGCACCAACAUCAUAUCGACGUGCAGCCCCAUGACGCUGCUGUCGGAGCGCCUGCUGACCACGCUGCCGGCCUGGAGGAAGCUGAGUGGACCCAACCAGCUGACGUCGUGGCAGCAGUUUGUCAGCGACGUCCAGGAGCACAUCAACCCUCUGGUCAGCCAGGACCACCUGCGCACACUGGCCCUGCAGCUUCACAGCAUGGGAGAGAUCAACAUCAUGCAGAGUGAGACGGUGCAGGACGUGGUUCUGCUGGAGCCUCGCUGGCUCUGCAGCAAUGUCCUCGGCAAGCUGCUCUCCGUGGAGACGCCCAAGGCCAUCCACCACUACAGGGGGCGCUACAGGCUGGAGGAGGUGCAGGCUCUGGCCCCUGAAAGUGACGUGGACGAGCUGCUGCAGAUUCUGGACGCCAUGGAUGUCUGCGCCCGUGACGCCACCAACCCCUCCAUGGUGGACGUCCCAGCCCUCAUCAAGACAAACGGCCUCCACCGCUCCUGGACCGAAGAGGAGGAGGAGGAGUCUCUGCUCUACGGCGGCGUGCGCCUCGUCCCCGCCGAGCACCUCACGCCCUUCCCCUGUGGCCUGUUCCACAAACUGCAGGUCAACCUGUGUCGCUGGAGCCACCAGCAGAAGCCAGAGGAGGACGGCAUGGAGGACAUCGCCGGAGACAUUCAUCUGUGGACCAACGGGGCCAAGGUCAGUCAGGGGUCGGUGGAGGCCAUGAUUCUGCUGGUCAACCACGGGCAGGGGCUGGAGAUCCAGGUGCGUGGACACGACUCCGAGCGGGCCAAGUGCUACACCCUGCUGGACACCAUCUGCAGCAUCACGGAGAACCUGCUGGCCUCCACGCUGCCGGGCCUGCUCACCGCCAAAUACUACCUGAGUCCUCAGCAGCUGCGGGAGCACCACGCCCCCAUCAUGGUCUACCAACCCAAAGACUUCUUCCGGGCUCAGGUCCAGCGGGAAAACUCUCUCACCAACACGAUGGGCGGCUACCGGGAGAGCUUCAGCAGCAUCCUGGUGUUCGGCUGUGCUGAGGUUUACCAGCAGGGGAUUCUGGGAACUGACAUCCACAUAUCAGACGUCCCCCUGCUGGCUCGCAGGAAGCUCUGCCGCAUGCUGGACCCUCCGGACGCGCUGGGCAAAGACUGGUGCCUGCUCGCCAUGAACCUGGGCCUCACCGACCUGGUGGCCAAACACAGCAGCGGGACUCCCAACGGCACCCCCGAGCUGGAGCCCGACUCCCAGCAGGCCGAGCUGCAGCCCAGCCCGACGGCGGCGCUGCUGCAGGAGUGGAGCGGGCGGGCGGACAGCACGGUGGGCGUCCUGAUGUCCAAGCUGAGGGAGUUGGGCCGUCGGGACGCCGCCGACUUCCUGCUCAAAGCUUCUCCCGUCUUCAGGGUCAACAUGGAGGCAGUGGGUGGAGCCCUCAACGGCUACCCCCCCACCUGCAACGGAGGCAUGUCGUACAACUCCAUCAGCUCCGUCGUGUCCCGCUGAACUGAUCAGGGUUCGACUCUCUGUCCUCGCCAGACGAGACGGUUUGUCCCCUGAGACUUUUCCCCUGAACAGACUCCUGUGUGUAUGUGUGUGUGUGCGUUUGUGUGCGUUUGUGUGUGUGUGUGUGCGUGAAAAUAAACAAGUGCAAUCGUUACCCGAGUGGAGCAGCUCGCUCUUCAAUCACUCCCAUCACGUCGGGGCCAGAUGUUGUGUGUGUGCUCUCCACAUCUGUACAGCCCAACUCUCCUUCCACUAUGAAUGUUGUGAAAAGCUGAACGUCCUGAGCUCCAAAGAGGAAUCUGUGCUUUUAUUCUGUUCUUAUUCUCGUCGUGCUGCUUUUUAAAAUCCCUCCUCCUCCUCCUCCUCUUCCUCUUCCUCUCUCUCCUCACAGCGAAGGUUCAAAUCUCAUAACAUCCCCGUAACAGGAAAAGAUGGCGGCCUCAUGUUCGGACCUUUCUCUCAUGUUCAGGACUUUAUGAAAUCAGUGUAGACUCGGAGGCUGUGGUCCUUCCUCCCUCGAGCCUUCACCUCACUCCUGUUUAAUACGUGAACAUCAUUCUGCCUCUGUGGCCUUCUACCUCCCUAAAGAGCACAAAGUCCUCCCAGCAGUGGUUCUGUCCAAACAUUGGAACAGCUGUGCCUUGUUGACACUGAUCGAAACUCUAAAGGAGAAAAGCUUGUCUCAUUUUACGAAGUUCUGAAAUUUGAAUUUCCCAAACGCGACUGAAAUCUGAUCCUCGUUUCUGCUGAGUUCUGUUCGAUGACUUUAAAGUUGUCGAGUCGUCGGGAGAAGUUUGAUCUCAGAUUGAAUUCAGUUGUUGAUGUGACGCUGUGAGUCAAAGGGAAACUGGUGUGUUGUUGGGUUUUUACAGCCCUGCGUAUUUCUCUAAGUAUUAUCCAUCCAUCCAUCCAACAGCUAUGUUCUGGAUUCAUUUGAAAACGUUUAAUCUCACAUGUUUGGUUGAAGGAUUCCUGGAAAGAAAAUUACAGGAACAGAAAGUGUCUAAAACUGUUUUAGUCUGAGCAGUUUAUUACUGAAUUUCCUUGAAGGUAAUUUGCUCCCGUGAAACAAACUUCUGUGAAACCAAAGCUCUGCACCGAGGAAUAGAAGAAAGUUGUGUUACAGUCACAACUUUCUUAUCUCUCAGACUCGACUGGAGUUUUCAGUCGAGAGGUUUUAAUUUCCAGAGAUUCAAUUUGAGCUCAAACACUUUAAAACUCUGUGUAGUGAUUGAACACGUCCACAUUAUCCAGGAAUCUUUAUCAUAACUACUCAGCUGCGACUCUUAAGAAACUAUGGGACUUGUAAAAGUGUUUCUCUGCUGUUCAGCCUCACACAAAGGGAACUGGAGCCAUGAAGACUGGAUCUGUUCAGCUUCAGGCUCCAACUCAAAACUGAAGUAAACAACCCGAAGAGGGGACGUUUUGUAAUUUGGUCGAUUUCUAAACUUUUGUACCGAGCAAAAAGCAACAAGUUUUCUACACGUGUGACCGGUGCACGGACACCAUCAGUCCCAGAGUCCGAGUCACAGACGCAGCUUCUGUCCGAGCGUCAGUGACUCGGUCGGUUUCACGUUUUCUUUCACUUCUCGUGACACAAAGCUGCAGCUCAGCGAAAUCAUGGAAUAUAAACAAAGCUGAAUUUAAAAAAAUGCCAAAGGCUGCAGAUGAUAGAAAAAAUAUGUUCUCCCUGUGGAAGCUGGUGUUUUAUAAUGUUUGUGUGAACGAACCCGGACCAGAAGAAAUGCUCUAAAAAGACAGUUUCAUUCUCAUAACGUUGGUGUAAAGAACCUUUUUCUAGACGCUGUGUCCCAGUCUGGUAGAAAACCAGUGGCUCUGUGCAGUAUUUCCUGUUUCUGUGUCUUUUCUUCCUCCAGCGUCUCCAUCUGCUCAGAGAUGAGACUCUACAGACGAUUUCCAAUCCUCUCUCACUCUGUCCGUCUCAGCUUGAACUUGCCAAUCGACGCAGCUAAACCUCGAGCUGUGGUGUAAAUACUCGAGUGUCCUUCUCUUCAUCCUCUCGUUUGUUAUUUCACCUCCUUCAGCUUCUCCCCAAUACGUCGAUUACAACGAGGCUAAAUGAAUGUAAGACACAUUUCUCCUAGAAACGAUAGAACUCCUGCUUGUGUAUAAAAAAAAAAACAUGACGAAGUGAAAUGUCCCAAACUGCUCGUGAACAUUGUUUUAUUUUGUUUCUAGUUUUACUGAAGUUGCCAACGUGGUGUGCCUGAACAACACACUUCUUCAUUCCUCUGUUGCUGCCUUGUAAACGCCGAGAGGUGAUGUUUGAGAAAGGGAAGUGAACGUGAAGUUUCUCCUCCCAGGACAAAAAGAGAGAGACUCUCUGUGGUGAGAGCUGAGAAUCACCUCGAUGUUGUCACGUUUGUUUUUUUGUCCACAUGGUUCCGGCUGCGAGUGCAACUGGAACAAAGAGGUUCUCUGAAAACACGCGGUUCUGCGAGUUCCUGUCGAACGAGGAAACUGGACUGAAUGACGCUCGGUCCAAUCGCCACAUUGCACAAGUCGUACUGUCGCUAUUUAUGUUACGUUCUUUAAGCAUGUCUUGGAAUGCCAUGUUCUUAGUACUUCUGACACUUUAUAGUGUAAUACAUUUUAUAAUAAAUUCUUUACCUAA